CUUUACGGUUAGCUGGUGCGACACUUCCUGUCAGAAGCCGGCGGUUGCAGAAGUAGCGUGUUCUCUGCCAUUGUGUGUCCGCUGUAAUCAUGGCUUCUCUUUCGCUAGCACCCAUGAAUAUAUUUAGAGCUGGAGCUGAUGAAGAAAGGGCAGAAACAGCUCGUCUGUCCUCAUUUGUUGGAGCAAUUGCAAUUGGAGACUUGGUUAAGAGCACUCUGGGACCUAAAGGAAUGGACAAGAUUCUCCUGAGUGGUGGUCGAGAUAGCAUUGUAACUGUAACCAAUGAUGGUGCAACUAUUCUGAAGGCUAUCGGCAUUGACAAUCCUGCUGCCCAGGUUUUGGUUGACAUGUCCAAAGUCCAGGAUGAUGAAGUAGGCGAUGGAACCACCUCUGUGACAGUGUUGGCAGCAGAGUUGCUCAGAGAAGCUGAAAAUUUGGUGGCCAGGAAGAUUCAUCCACAGACCAUAAUUGCUGGAUGGAGAAAAGCAACCCAGGUUGCCAGGGAAGCACUCCUGAAAGCCGCAGUGGAUAAUGGGAGUGAUGAAGAGAAGUUCCGUGCUGACCUUUUGAAUAUUUCUCGCACAACUUUGUCUUCCAAACUGCUCACUCACCAUAAAGAUCACUUUGCUAAGCUAGCCGUAGAAGCUGUUCUUAGGUUGAAAGGCUCUGGCAAUCUGGAAGCUAUUCACAUUAUUAAGAAGUUGGGUGGAAGUUUGACAGAAUCUUACCUGGAUGAAGGAUUUUUGUUGGAUAAGAAAAUUGGUGUAAACCAGCCCAAACGUAUAGAAAAUGCAAAGAUUCUAAUUGCCAACACAGGAAUGGACACUGACAAAAUAAAGGUGUUUGGCUCACGUGUACGUGUGGACUCUACAGCAAAGGUGGCAGAUAUCGAGCAGGCAGAGAAAGAAAAGAUGAAAGACAAAGUGGACCGUAUUCUAAAGCAUGGCAUUAACUGCUUUAUUAACCGACAGCUGAUUUAUAAUUACCCGGAGCAGCUAUUUGGUGCAGCUGGUGUAAUGGCCAUUGAACAUGCCGAUUUUGCUGGUGUGGAACGUUUAGCUCUUGUAACAGGUGGUGAAAUUGCAUCCACCUUUGAUCAUCCAGAGCUGGUAAAGCUUGGAAGCUGCAAACUGAUUGAAGAAGUAAUGAUUGGAGAGGAUAAGCUAAUUCACUUCUCUGGUGUUGCAAUGGGUGAAGCUUGUACUAUUGUUCUUCGCGGUGCAACGCAACAGAUUUUAGAUGAAGCCGAGAGGUCCUUGCAUGAUGCUCUGUGCGUACUUUCUCAGACAGUGAAAGAUACCAGGACAGUAUAUGGAGGAGGGUGCUCAGAGAUGCUGAUGGCAAAUGCUGUAGCAGAACUUGCAACGAGGACCCCAGGGAAAGAGGCAGUGUCCAUGGAAUCGUUUGUUAAAGCACUGCAGAUGUUGCCAACAAUUAUCGCAGAUAAUGCCGGAUAUGACAGUGCUGACCUGGUAGCACAGCUAAGAGCAGCUCACAGUGAAGGAAAGUCUACCUAUGGCUUGGAUAUGAAAAAUGGCAUAAUUGGGGAUAUGGCAGAGUUGGGCAUAACUGAAAGCUUCCAAGUGAAAAGACAAGUUCUGCUUAGUGCGGCUGAAGCUGCGGAAGUGAUUUUGCGCGUGGAUAAUAUCAUAAAAGCAGCCCCAAGGAAACGUGUCCCAGACCAUCAUCCCUGCUAAGCACUCUUUAAACCCCAAGGAUUUGUGGACCAGACUCCAGCUGUCUGCUUGCAUGGCUGACCAGAAGGUUUCCAGACAAGCAAAGUUACAGAAUAAUUAGUCAUCAUCUAGGCACUUGCAGAUCACUCUCAUACUGUACCUGGGUUUAUUUAUUUUGCGGAAGAUGCAUUUUGCUUUCUCAGAUGCAGUUUGUACACAUCUGUGUUUAUAAUGUACUCUUUCAUUAUGCGCACUGAAAUAAAACGUUUCCCUAA